UCCACCAUGAAGCUUGUUGGUGGUCUCCUGUUGCUCUUCACAGCAACCUAUUUCUGCAACUGCUCUGAUGAGUUGGAAGUGACCAGCCACCCCCCAGCAACAGUGGACUGUGACAUAUACAAGAAGUUCCCAGUGGUGGCCAUCCCUUGCCCCAUUGAAAACAUACCAGUUUGUGGAUCUGACUAUAUCACUUACGGGAAUAAAUGCAAGUUGUGUACAGAGAUCUUGAGAAGUAAUGGAAAAAUUCAGUUUCUUCAUGAAGGGCACUGCUGACCUCUCCAUGGACAAAGAAAGGACAGUGAUGCCUUCAUCAUGUGCAUCACAGGUGGGCUCUGAUGACUGUCCCUUCUUUGCUGAUGUUGUAGUGAACUCGGAUCUAGAUUCACCUUCAAUGUCUAUGGAAAGUCCUAUGUUUUUUCCGAUCAACUCAUGUCUCCUGAUAUAUUACCUGUUUUGGCAUCUGAAUUAAAGUAAAUCUCUCCAGAAACUUUA